GAUCGGAGAUGGAUGUCUCUCUUUGCCCAGCCAAGUGUAGUUUCUGGCGGAUUUUCUUGCUGGGAAGCGUCUGGCUGGACUAUGUGGGCUCGGUGCUGGCUUGCCCUGCAAAUUGUGUCUGCAGCAAGACUGAGAUCAAUUGCCGGCGGCCGGACGAUGGGAACCUCUUCCCCCUCCUGGAAGGGCAGGAUUCAGGGAAUAGCAAUGGGAACGCCAGUAUCAACAUCACGGACAUCUCAAGGAAUAUCACUUCCAUACACAUAGAGAACUGGCGAGGCCUGCACACCCUUAAUGCUGUGGAUAUGGAGCUCUACACAGGACUCCAGAAGCUGACCAUCAAGAACUCUGGACUCCGGAACAUCCAGCCCAGGGCCUUUGCCAAGAACCCCCAUUUGCGUUAUAUAAACUUGUCAAGUAACCGGCUCACUACACUCUCCUGGCAGCUCUUCCAGACACUGAGUCUUCGGGAAUUGAGACUGGAGCAGAACUUCUUCAACUGCAGCUGUGACAUCCGCUGGAUGCAGCUGUGGCAGGAGCAGGGGGAGGCCCGGCUGGACAGCCAGAGUCUUUACUGCAUCAGUGCUGAUGGCUCCCAACUCCCUCUCUUCCGCAUGAACAUCAGUCAGUGUGACCUCCCUGAGAUCAGUGUGAGCCACGUCAACCUGACCGUCCGAGAAGGAGACAAUGCUGUAAUCACUUGCAAUGGCUCUGGCUCCCCCUUGCCUGAUGUGGAUUGGAUAGUCACUGGUCUGCAGUCCAUCAACACCCACCAGACCAAUCUGAACUGGACCAAUGUACACGCCAUCAACUUGACCCUGGUGAAUGUGACAAGCGAGGACAAUGGUUUCACCCUGACGUGCAUUGCAGAGAACGUGGUGGGCAUGAGCAAUGCCAGUGUUGCUCUCACUGUCUACUACCCCCCACGUGUGGUGAGCCUGGUGGAGCCUGAGGUACGCCUGGAGCAUUGCAUUGAGUUUGUGGUGCGUGGCAACCCGACACCCACGCUGCACUGGCUGUACAAUGGGCAGCCACUGAGGGAGUCCAAGAUCAUUCACAUGGACUACUACCAGGAGGGUGAGGUCUCUGAGGGCUGCCUGCUCUUCAACAAGCCCACCCACUACAACAAUGGCAACUACACCCUCAUUGCUAAGAAUGCCCUGGGCACAGCCAAUCAGACCAUCAAUGGACACUUCCUUAAGGAGCCCUUUCCAGAAAGCACAGAUUUCUUUGACUUUGAGUCUGAUACGAGCCCGACACCCCCUAUCACUGUGACCCACAAACCAGAGGAAGACACUUUUGGGGUAUCCAUAGCAGUCGGACUUGCUGCCUUUGCCUGUGUCCUUCUAGUGGUUCUCUUUAUCAUGAUCAACAAGUACGGUCGCCGGUCCAAAUUUGGAAUGAAGGGUCCUGUGGCUGUCAUCAGUGGAGAAGAGGACUCAGCCAGCCCACUGCACCACAUCAACCAUGGCAUCACCACACCUUCCUCUCUGGAUGCUGGGCCUGACACAGUGGUCAUCGGCAUGACCCGCAUUCCAGUCAUUGAGAACCCCCAGUACUUCCGUCAGGGACACAAUUGCCACAAACCAGACACAUAUGUCCAGCAUAUCAAGAGGAGAGACAUCGUGUUGAAGAGAGAACUGGGUGAGGGAGCCUUUGGAAAGGUCUUCCUGGCUGAGUGUUACAAUCUAAGCCCCACCAAAGACAAGAUGCUCGUGGCAGUGAAGGCCCUGAAGGAUCCCACCUUGGCUGCCAGGAAGGAUUUCCAGAGGGAGGCUGAGCUGCUCACUAACCUGCAGCAUGAACAUAUCGUCAAGUUCUAUGGGGUGUGCGGUGAUGGAGACCCACUCAUCAUGGUCUUUGAAUACAUGAAGCAUGGGGACCUUAACAAGUUCCUCAGGGCCCAUGGGCCAGAUGCGAUGAUCCUCGUAGAUGGACAGCCACGCCAGGCCAAAGGGGAGCUAGGGCUCUCUCAGAUGCUCCACAUCGCCAGUCAGAUAGCCUCGGGCAUGGUAUACCUGGCCUCCCAGCACUUCGUGCACCGGGACCUGGCCACCAGGAAUUGCUUGGUUGGAGCCAACCUACUGGUGAAGAUUGGUGAUUUCGGCAUGUCCAGGGACGUCUACAGUACUGAUUACUACAGGGAAGGGCCAUGCCAGAAGGGCCCAUUCAGCGUAUCGUGGCAGCAGCAGAGGCUAGCAGCGCCAGCAGCUACCACACUCUUUAAUCCAUCUGGAAAUGAUUUUUGUAUAUGGUGUGAGGUGGGAGGACACACCAUGCUCCCCAUCCGCUGGAUGCCUCCUGAAAGUAUCAUGUACCGGAAGUUCACCACAGAGAGUGAUGUGUGGAGCUUUGGAGUUAUCCUUUGGGAGAUCUUUACCUAUGGGAAGCAACCAUGGUUCCAGCUCUCCAACACAGAGGUCAUUGAGUGCAUCACCCAAGGCCGUGUCUUGGAGAGACCCCGAGUUUGCCCAAAAGAGGUAUAUGAUGUCAUGCUGGGGUGCUGGCAGAGGGAACCACAACAGCGGCUGAAUAUUAAGGAGAUCUACAAAAUCCUCCAUGCUUUGGGGAAGGCCACCCCAAUCUACUUGGACAUUCUCGGCUAGUGUGACUGGUAGUCAAGCAUUUAUACUUUGUUGCCUCCUCUCUCCCUGGCUCAUAUCCACUUCUUCCUCAUUUCAACUCUUUUCUUCCAUCUGUGACUGAAAUGAACAUCUUCAAAUAAACUCAAGUGCCUGCUA